AUGAGUUCUGUUACCGUGCUGUACCCUGAAGAACGUGGCAGCUACGAGAGAGAUGUUCAGCAAAGAUACGCUAACGCCACUUCUGCGUUUAACACCUUAACGAAACGCCUGUGGUCGACCCACAUCACCAACGAAGUUAAGCUGCGAGUCUACUUAUCCGCAAUUCGCCCCAUCAUGAUGUACGGAUCGGAGACGGCAGCUCCAUCUACGGUGAUGGAGAGGCUUGAUUGCAAGAAACGAAAGCUGCUUAGACGACUACUUGGCUACUUUUGGCCUAGGGUUUGCCACAGUGAAGAUUUUUUUGAUGUAGUUUACCGGCGGAUGACACUUGGAAGAUAUGAACAUCUUGCACUGCCAUCGAAAGUGGCUAGAGUAAAUCGUCUUCGCUUCUUUAGUCAUAUAUUAAGGAGACCAGCAGAUCGCCCCGCCCAACGAGUUCUAAGAAGUUCGUCGGGUUUAAGCAGGAAGAGGCCAGCCGGCCGAGAACGGAAGUUCUCGACUGAGGUGGUGAACGAGGACCUGAGGACACUCGGCGUGGAUAGGCAGUUCAGGCGAGAUGUAAGGUUUCGCUGGAUAUGGAAUAGCGACGAAUGGAUUGAUUCUGCGCAAGCUCUCGCAGAAGACUGGACGAAGCUACGUUUAAAGGCAUCACCUCACGAAUCUGAGGUGGUGCAGAUUUGA